GGAGAAAUUCUUGCAUCUAACUUUCCGCUUCGCAUCCGAACGAGGAAGAAGAACCCAAGAUCGGAGCUUGAAAGUCUCUCUCGGCGGCGUGUUGUUGAGCUUACUGUGUGCGAGGAUCGAGCUAUGGGGAGGACGUUCUUCGUCGGCGGCAACUGGAAAUGCAAUGGAACAUCAGAGGAGGUCAAGAAAAUUGUCGCCACGCUUAAUGAUGCGCAAGUGCCGCCACAAGAAGUCGUGGAGGUUGUUGUGAGCCCUCCCUUCAUCUUUCUUCCAUUGGUGAAAAGUACGUUGAGGCCCGACUUUCAUGUUGCUGCCCAAAACUGCUGGGUGAAAAAGGGAGGUGCUUUCACCGGUGAGGUUAGUGCGGAAAUGCUUGUCAAUUUGGGCAUUCCUUGGGUCAUUCUUGGACACUCUGAAAGAAGACAACUUUUGGGUGAAUCCAACGAGUUUGUGGGAGACAAGACUGCAUAUGCACUGUCUCAAGGUUUGAAGGUUAUAGCUUGUGUUGGGGAGACCCUCGAGCAGCGAGAAGCCGGAGCUACUAUGGAAGUAGUUGCUGCCCAAACUAAAGCAAUAGCCGAGCGCAUUUCAAAUUGGGCUGAUGUUGUAAUUGCUUAUGAGCCUGUGUGGGCUAUUGGAACUGGAAAGGUUGCAACUCCAGCUCAGGCGCAGGAGGUUCAUUUUGAACUAAGGAAAUGGCUACACGCAAACACUAGUCCUGAAGUUGCAGCAACAACCCGUAUAAUCUACGGAGGUUCUGUUAAUGGUGGGAACUGCAAGGUGUUGGCAGCUCAGCCAGAUGUUGAUGGAUUUUUGGUUGGCGGUGCUUCGCUCAAGCCGGAAUUCAUUGAUAUCAUCAAGUCUGCAGAGGUGAAGAAGUGUGCCUAAGCUCUUUGGUUCUAAGUCGCUGAAGUUUUCUUCUGGAGUGGCAGUGAAUUCCUCUUGAUAUUCAAAAACAUGUCUUUGAGGUCGUAAGCUUCCAUAGAUUUGGUUAGUGCCGUGACGGAUACCGUUACUCAUUAGUAAUAAUCAUGACUCUUGAGGUUUU